AUGACGAGACACCCGGGAGGGGGCAGGCGUUCAUUGAUAAAAUCGCCGGGCUCCCUCGGGCGCGCUCGCAGCGUAGAGAAACCAGGCAGCGCCACGCGCAGCCGGGGCCGGGCGGAACGGAGAGCCAGCUCGGGCCGGCGCUACCCCGCGCCGCCCGCAUGGAGCCCGCCGCCGGCUUCUUGUCCCCGCGUCCCUUCCCGCGGGCCGCCUGCUAGUGCCUCGCCGCGGUCGGAGCCAGCCGGGCCAGCGGCGCCGGACCCGGGUCGCCUCAUCACCGACCCAUGCAGUGGCCGUACCUACAUCAAGGGCCGCUUGUUGGGCAAGGGGGGUUUCGCCCGCUGCUAUGAAGCCGCUGACACCGAAACCGGUGUAGCCUACGCGGUCAAAGUCAUCCCGCAGAGCCGCGUCGCCAAGCCUCAUCAGCGCGAAAAGAUCCUAAACGAGAUCGAGUUGCACCGAGACCUACAGCACCGCCAUAUCGUUCGGUUUUCACACCAUUUCGAGGAUGCUGACAACAUAUACAUUUUCCUGGAGCUCUGUAGCAGAAAGUCCCUGGCCCACAUCUGGAAGGCCCGGCACACCCUCUUGGAGCCAGAGGUUCGCUACUACCUGCGCCAGAUCCUUUCUGGCCUCAAGUAUUUGCACCAGAGGGGUAUCCUGCACAGAGACCUCAAGCUGGGAAAUUUUUUCAUCACUGAUAACAUGGAACUGAAGGUGGGGGAUUUUGGGCUGGCAGCUCGGUUAGAGCCCCCGGAGCAGAGGAAAAAGACCAUCUGUGGCACCCCCAACUACGUGGCCCCAGAAGUGCUGCUGAGACAAGGCCAUGGCCCUGAGGCAGAUGUGUGGUCACUUGGCUGUGUCAUGUACACACUCCUGUGUGGGAGCCCCCCAUUUGAGACAGCUGACCUGAAGGAAACUUACCGCUGCAUCAAGCAGGUUCAUUACACAUUGCCUGCCAGCCUCUCACUACCUGCCCGUCAGCUCCUGGCUGCCAUUCUUCGGGCUUCACCCCGAGACCGCCCCUCUAUUGAACAGAUCCUACGCCAUGACUUCUUUACAAAGGGCUAUACCCCUGAUCGGCUUCCUGUCAGCAGCUGUGUGACAGUCCCAGAUCUGACCCCCCCCAACCCUGCGAGGAGUCUGUUUGCCAAAGUCACCAAGAGCCUGUUUGGCAGGAAAAAGAACAAGAAUAAGAACCAUUCCGAGGAACGAGAUAAUGUCUCCUGUUUGGUGAGCGGCCUGAUGCGCACAUCCCUCGGUCACCCGGAUGUCAGGCCCGAGGCUCCAGCAGCUUCAGGCCCGGCCCCCGUCAGCUUGGUAGAGACAGCUGCUGAGGACAGCUCACCCCGUGGGACACUGGCAAGCAGUGGAGAUGGGUUUGAAGAAGGUUUGACUGUGGCCACAGUGGUAGAGUCUGCCCUCUGUGCCCUGAGAAACUGUGUGGCCUUCAUGCCCCCAGCGGAACAGAACCCAGCCCCGUUGGCACAGCCAGAACCUCUGGUGUGGGUCAGCAAGUGGGUUGACUACUCCAACAAGUUUGGCUUUGGGUAUCAGCUGUCCAGCCGCCGUGUAGCCGUGCUCUUCAACGAUGGCACACACAUGGCCCUGUCAGCCAAUAGGAAGAUUGUGCACUACAACCCCACCAGCGCGAAACACUUCUCCUUCUCUGUGGGGUCUGUACCCCGUGCUCUGCAGCCUCAGCUGGGCAUCUUGCGGUAUUUCGCCUCCUACAUGGAACAGCACCUCAUGAAGGGUGGAGAUCUGCCCAGUGUGGAAGAGGUAGAGGUGCCUGCCCCACCCUUGCUGUUGCAGUGGGUCAAGACUGAUCAGGCCCUGCUCAUGCUGUUCAGUGAUGGCACUGUUCAGGUGAACUUCUAUGGGGACCACACAAAGCUGAUCCUCAGUGGCUGGGAACCUCUCCUUGUGACUUUUGUGGCCCGAAAUCGCAGUGCUUGUACUUACCUCGCCUCCCACCUCCGGCAGCUGGGCUGCUCCCCAGACCUGCGGCAGCGGCUGCGCUAUGCUCUGCGCUUGCUCAGGGACCGAAGUCCUGCUUAGGUUCCAACCUGCAGAGCAGGCUGU